CUCUCUUUCCCUCUCCCUCUCUCACCUUCACACUCAUUGGGAGAGAGGACAAAUCAAAUCAAACCAAACCAAACCAAACCAAAGUCAAAGGUUUUGGUUUCAUAUGGGUUCUUCCGACCACGAAAAAGAUUCAUCUAACUUUUCCUCCGGAAAAUCCAUGGACCACCCACCACCGCAACCAACCCCCGCAUACCCCACCCAUGCACCACCGCCAAUGUAUUACCCGAAUCCUCAUGGAUACCCCCCGCCAUACCCUAAUGCAUACCCACCCGGUUACCAUUACCCUGCACCCGCCCCUUACUACGGUCCCCCUCCCACCUACGAAAGAAGACAUUCCUCAUCGUGUUGUGCUCGCUGUUGCAGAAGCUUCAUCACCUGCUGCUUGCUCAUGCUCACGCUCUUUUUCCUCAUGAGCCUCCUUCUAGCUCUGGCGCUACACCCACAACUACCUGACUACAAGGUUGUCUCCUUCUCUGUCACAAACUUCACAACCCAACCAACCCUAGGUGGUCAAUGGGACACCAAAAUCGCCAUCGAAAACCCUAACGACAAACUCGUCGCUUAUUUCUCCGACUUUAAGAUUGACAUGUCGUACAAGGAGGGCGUGGUGGCGGUCGAUCGUGCGCCCGCACUUGCGUUGCAUACCAAGUCUCAAGCUGAGGUGGUCAUAAGGGGUUUGCUCCACCAAGGGAACGGGAAUUUAUUGGACCCGAACCUGAUGAAUGAUUUGGUCAAAGAACGAAGCACCGAUUCCGUUACGUUCAGUUUGAGGAUGUCUUCCAUGUUGAUUCUUAAGUCUGGUACGUUAACCACCAAGAGUGAAGAGCUUAUUGCAGUUUGUCAUGGGUUGAAGGUGAAGUUUCAAAACAAUGGUGCCACUUACGGAGAAUUGGAGAACAGCGCUAAACCUGUUCCAUGCAUGUUAUAUAUUUGAAGUGGGUCAUGAUGAACCUAUAAAUAGCCUUUUUUGCAACACUACCGGUGGAUUAAUUAGGGUGAGAUUAAUAAAUAUAAUUCGGUAAUGAGUUUGUUCCUGCUAUGUAGUAGUUGCCAAAAUACUCGCUAACAUAAUGUAAAUUUUUUAAUUCACCUUCAAUUACCAUGCAAAUUUACGAUCUCUGCAUCGGUUUCAUUUUCUCACAAUUUUUUACAAUGUCCAAUGAUGAUGAAACUGAA